CCCCGGACGACGUUGUUUUGCUGCGAAAGAAUACACGCGAUAUUGGACGUUCACAUGCUCACUGGCUAGCAUCGACCGCUAUAGUAGUUAGUAUUUAUUUAUCCAGCUUAUUACAUCGCAUGAAAUAGAUUUAUCGGGAAGCAAAGGAUGGCUUUACCACUUGUACGACUAUUGACCCGACAAAGGAGAACAGCGUUUGUAGCUUGUGGCAAUGCUACACUCAGCAGUGUGCCCAGGCAACAAGAGAAGAACAAGGACGGUCCUGUUUUUCAAUAUGUUGGGAAGCACAGAAAGAAAAACCACAAAGUGUUUGUAUGGGGAUUUAGCUUCACUGGUGCUUUGGGUAUCCCCAGCUUUGUGGUGCCUGACAGUGGCCGGAAGAAGCCCCGGAAAUAUCAACUCACUCCAUACUCCCUAGAGAUUGAAGAUAAGAUCUCUUCUGCUGCUUGUGGAUAUGGCUUCACCCUAAUCGCUUCCUCCACAAAGGAUGUGACCAAGCUGUGGGGAAUGGGCCUCAAUAAGGACUCCCAGCUAGGCUUUCAACGUACCCUGCACAGCCGCUAUAAGAGCUAUGAAUACAUGCUGGAGCCAUCCCCAGUGGCUCUACCUCUUGCUAAGCCCCAGAAUACUAGAGUGGUGCAAGUGGCGUGUGGUCGGGCUCAUUCCUUAGUGCUCACUGAUCACGAGGGAGUCUUCAGUAUGGGGAACAAUGCUUAUGGCCAGUGUGGGAGGAAGAUUGUUGAAGAUGAAGUCUACAGUGGCAGUCACAUCAUUCACAAGAUCGAAGGCUUCAGCAGCAAGGUUACCCAGGUGGCUUGUGGACAGGACCACAGUCUUUUCCUCACUGAGACAGGCCAGGUGUAUGCAUGUGGUUGGGGCGCAGAUGGACAGACAGGUUUGGGACAUCACAACAUCAGCUCUAGGCCGGUAGAAGUGGGAGGAGAAUUAUCCGGAGUGGAGAUUCAGCAGAUCAGCACAUAUGGAGACUGUAGCCUGGCUGUUUCUAGAGAUGGCAAGCUCUAUGGUUGGGGUAACUCUGAGUACCGACAGCUGGCCUCAGUCACUGACGCUACUCAGAUCAACUCCCCUAAAUACCUUCCUUUGAAAGGGUGUGGAAAGGUGGUCCAGGCAGCUUGUGGGGGCACACAGGUGGCCAUUCUCAAUGAAAAAGGGGAUGUGUUUGUAUGGGGCUAUGGCAUUCUUGGAAAAGGCCCAAAGUUAUCUGAAUCCUCAACCCCCGAAAUGAUCCCCGCUUCGCUGUUCGGUCGCUCCGAGUUUAACCCCUCAGUGACAGUCAGGACCAUCAGGUGUGGUCUCAACCAUUUUGCUGCAGUCAAUGAUCGAGGAGAACUCUUUGUGUGGGGCAAGAAUGUGAGAGGCUGUUUGGGGACUGGAAAGAAAGAUGACCAGUACUUCCCCUGGAGAGUGACUGUACCGGGGCACGUGGUGGAUGUAGCAUGUGGAGUUGACCACAUGGUGGCGCUGGCGAAGUCUCUUAUCUGAGCAUCUCCUCGGCAUGGACAAAGCCCGGAUGUUUGUCUCAGUAACUCCUUGCAAAAGCACCAAUGAGGAGUCGGCUCUGGCUGGUUUGGGGUCCUUGACAAUCUCAGCCAGCUGCUCUCCACAGGCAAUGGACCCUGCUGGCCCUCAAUCCUCCACUGAUCUCAUUGAGUCUGCAGUCAGGAGGGUCAUAGAGGCUUGGUUCACAGCCAGCUGUCACCAGCAUUUACUGUGUGCAGAGACCGGCUAAUCCCCCAACUACACUGGGUUGUGGAACCAUCUGAGCCAACGGAAAAUAAUGUGGAGCUCAGUGGAUCUACAUUCAUUUCAGACCUUUUUCAAGUGGAGAGGACAAUGUUUUUACAACAUCUAAAAUUUGGAUAGAGAUUCUAAUGUAGGCAAGUCCUUUUCAUCUGUGCACAAACUGCAUGUGCCAUACAGUAUGUCCGGUGCUGAGCUCAGAGUGCAAAGAAAAACCGCCUCUUUGGCUUAUUUCUGAAAAAAAUAAUUCUAAUAAAAAAAAAAAAUGUU